GUUCCCAUGGUUACACGACUCACAAGUACACACUAAUAAAGAGAACCAGCAGCAAGUCACCAACACGGCAGCCCAUCACCCUCGACACAAACACAAGCUCAUUUCUUCGCGGUCACCUGAAAAUAAGACAAAUAUGGACCACGUUCAAGAACACGAGCAGGGAAAGACCCAUGAAAGGUUAAAGGAGAAACAAAGACGGGUCGUUUCACCUGUACAAAAUGUCAGCCUCAAUAUUUGGGACUCCAACGAGUCUGACACGGAAAGCUUGGCCGAGGAAAGGGCGUAUCAACAAGCGCUCCUCAAGCGGAUUAACGGCCACGUCGAGGUGGUGACACAGCCCAAAGAUGAUGUCGACCCAGCCGUUUUAAAACAGAUGGAAAAACAAGACGUGGAUUAUAAAGAACAGGGGGAGGAAUGUUUGGAUGUGUAUGAUAGUCUGGAAGUAUCCACACACAGACCAGACCAGAGGAAUUAUAGUCCGGUCUCCAGCAUUCAGUUCCCUGAUAAUCAUCAGAUGGAUGACACCGAAGUGACGAGAGACAGGUAUUCAGAUCUGCGCUACGACCCCAACUGGAGAACCAACCUGAGGGAGGCUGGGAGGUUCCACAACGUCCAUCGUCCCCAAAAUAUGGAAGAGAGGUCGGAAGAGAGCCACAGUGACAGAGAGGGUCGUUCUACCAGAGGAGGCUAUAGCUACGCUAUCGUCAGAAACCCUGUUCUAUCAGAGAACGCGACUCCAGAUAUGAUGGGCAACCAGUUAGCGACUCAACACCACUUCGAAUCUUACCACCUGCAUCCACAAGAGAUGAAGGCUACCAGAGAGAAUCCACCGCUGUUACCCCACCACCUUCAUGUACCAUCUAACCACAAUGUCACAGCCGGACCAAGGGAUUCCAAACACUUACCAACCAAUACACCCUCAGAAGGAAACGGCAGCAGAACUCGACACAGGAACGACCAAGUCAAACAAGUUGGGAUGAACUCGACACACCCCGACCACAACCCAUGCAGCUCUCCUGAGCCAGAGCAGGACAGCGAGACACGUGACAGACACGGCCAAGAGUUUCAGACGUGCUACGAGCUACAACGGGAGGCACAGGCAGGUGGAACAGUGGGUGAGAAGCAGUUCAAGUAUUCUCUCAGACAAAAAGGUCCACAGCAAGUGUCAAAGACAAUGAAGGAUAAACCCAAGGAGGACAUUAUCGAACGGAACAGAACCACUCUGGGAAUACAAGCAGCCAAGUCAGGUGGUUCUUAUCUGAAGGCCCAUUCACAGAAGGGAGAGAAAUCGGACACCUCGACUCAGGUGACGGAUGCAUCAGAUGAGAUUACCACCGCUGGGAGCAUGGAGGGGGGUCUGGAGGACAGUCCAGACCCAGAACUGAGGUGGCUGCUGCAGGCCCGACAACUGAGGAUGACCCAGAAGAAAGCCCAGUGGAGAGGAAAUCCCCCGGAGAAGAGACCCACAGCUCCGGGGGGCCAAGCCAGGCAGGGAGACCGUCUGAGCCCCGCGACCUCCGAACCCACAGCCAGGCCCCUGCCCCAGCCCCAACUCCAGCCUCACCCACGGUCUCACCCCCACUUCCCACAACCCUCCCAUCCAUCCCCACGAACCCUCAGUGAAACACACUCCACUUUCUCCUCACCCUCACACCCUGGACUCCAGACCCACCCCGCACCCUCAGUCCACCUCCACAUCAACCUGCACUCCUCCUCUGACCUCCUCCCCCUCCUCCACCAGAGCAGACAGGACCUCACCUCAACCUCCCCUGGAGGCCCUCACAUUCUCUCACACUCCUCCAGCUUGCCCCUGACAAGACACCUCCAUGCCCCUCUCCCGGUCCCCUACCACGGGGUCACGCUGGCUGCCAGCCCUGGGCCCCUCUCCCCUCCAGCCCUGGUGCCCCUGCCCAGGCUUGGCGUCCCAGCCAGGCCAAGUCCCUUCGGGGUAGGCAUGGCUGCUGAGCCGAGCGUCUGGACCGUCUGGAACCAGGGGGGCUCUCCAGCAGGGUGGCCAGGAGACGGCAGCACCAGGGUCAACAGUCCAAGGUGGCAUCUGUCCUGUCCUGAUAACCAGAACCAGAUUGUUAAUGUGGACAGCAGUGCCCUGCAUCCUGCAGACAGUCAGAAGUACAGACCUGCUGUGUACAAGCAUCAGCCAGGCUCCAGGGCAGGGCUGCCCCCUAUAGGCCAUCUGAUGAAAGGACAGCCCACAGGGGCGCAGGGAAAUGGCACCCAGAAGACAAACAUUCAGAGGAGCUGUUCAGAUGGAUACCUGGCACAGAUGGAGAAACAAAUGCAACUAAAAGAGAGGCUCACUUACAAGGCCUACACGCUGAGAGACUACCAGCGCCUGAAGCAGGACUUGAAGCUGGGAGGCCUUGGGCCUGUUUUCACAGCCGAUGACGUGACAGUUGAGAAAAUGAGACGACAGAAGCUGUAUUCUAAUGUGAUCCGCGAGCAGAAUAAGAAGAUAAGUAGGAUGCCGACCCUGCCAGCCAGGAAGCCAGUGGGACAAGACAAGAAGGACGAGGUUCCCAGGAAGAAGGCUCUGGAGUACGCCAAAAGCAUUCCCAGGCCAGUCCCGCCUUCCAAGCCCCCGUCCAUGCCCAGGGAGGGGGACAGGGGCGAGGGGGUCUCCUCUGACCGGGCCUCCUACCUGGAGGGUGUCGACCUCUCCCAGCUGGCCACGCUGGACCUCCUGAGGAAACGCCACGAGGAAGAGAAGGCAGCCGUGGCCCACUUCCAGGUGCUGCCCACCUGGCGGAUCUCGGGUCUCCUACCCUGAUCGCUGCUCACCUGGCUGUUAUAGGGUCUCGGUAGGAGAGGGUACGUACCCUCAAUGCCUGUGAGGGUACGUACCCUACCCAGGAACCGCAACGCGCCCCGCGGCUCGACUCUGCCGGCAGUAGAUCCAUCUGUAGAUUCAUAUGUUUGGGAUUCAUUGAAAUUGUUUUCUGCGUUUGAUUGCUGUUGUCUGGUGUGGGACGCAAAGACCACGGGCGGAUAGUGCAAACAAGCACCUGGCAGUCCGGACAAACCAGCCCAAACGCUCCGUCUUUCAAAGGAUGUAGAAGGCCGAGGGUGUGUGUUGUGCUCUGGGACUAUUUAUUAGCACUUGUGUCAACUUCUCCACAUAUGUGUGUUCUUGCACAGCUUGUCUGCUGCUGUUGACACAAGGAUUUAUCUUGCCCUAUACAAGCUUUUGUUCAACAAAUUAACUUGUUAAGCACUGGUCGCUUCUUUAUUCAUGUUUAUGGUACUCACCGCAGGGUAAACAUGUCUCUCCGAGUGGUUUGGACUUGCACUUGAUUAAUAUACGAAAUGUAUGAAAUGUGCACUAAUGAUUUGUACAGUGAGUCAAUGAGCUUUAUUCAAAUACAUCAUGCUCCAAUCUUGACAAGGAUAAUCCUUGUCUUGUUACCUAAAUCCUCUGUUGUAGUUUGACUGUGGAGUAAAAUACACUGUGUAAACUCAGCGAGGGCUAGGUUUGAUCGAGACGUAUAUCAUUUACCUUCAUAACCAGCUGUGUGUUAACGUGUAACUUUUUUGGUGCUCAUGUGGAUUGUAGUUGAGGCAACAUACUAUUCGGUAGAACAGAAUCAUCAGAUCAUGUUUAAAAGAAGCCAAAUGAUAGGACACAACUCAGAAGUAUAGUAUAAUAUUUUUCAAUUUAAUGCUAAUUGAAAUAUGCCUGUGGGUUUAUGUUUCACAUGUGCAGUUGUUUUGUCUUCUAAUGUUCGUAAUGAGUCUGUAAUUUACAUGUUGGUAUUUCAUCCACAAUUUCAAUUUGUCCCCUCUCAACCUCUUGUGCACCUGGUAGCGCUGUUAAUCGAGAAUAAUGUGUUCUUUGUCUUGAGCCUGAUUGUUUCCCGCCAGUAUCCCCCUAUCGCUACGGAGACACCAAUGGGUCAAAUAAAAAUUACACU